GGAAUUUAGUAAACACGAUCAGCGAGAAUAUGACGACCAGCGAGCGCUCGAGAUCCACACGGCCAAGGAUUUCAUUUUCUCCAUGCUCGGUAAGAGAUAGUCGGUUGGGAAAUCACGUCUGUUUAGCUGACAUUUGAACCUAGAAUGAGGCAGAACUGUUUUUAUUACGCUAAAUGUAUUUAUGACAAUUCUCAAUAACAACUACAGUCCGCUAGCUUGAUCAGUGGUGAAUGGAGGCAAUAAUGAGUGUGCUGUUUCAAAUCUAUCAGUGUAGAUCAAGAUAUCAAAUCAAAAGGCUGACUCUAAAUCCCUAAUAUCUAUUUAAUCUCUGACCCGUCAUUGUCCAGUCCUAGAUACAUUGAACAAUAUAAUUAUGUAUGAAUUUAGUCUUACAUCAUUCAUAGGGCUGCACCGCCUGCAAACUGAAUGUGAGUGCCAAUGCUCGAGGGAAUACGGCGUGGUUGAAAUCUGGUCGGGAGGUUUUAUAACCAUAUAAACCAGAUUAAUACAUAUUUUUCAUGACAUCAUGAAGAAUAUGUUUUUUGGUUGAAGUCUGAUCGAACUACUGACCAGUUAUCUAAAUGCUACUCAAUUAAUAAACGUGCAUAGUGUUUGUUGGCCAUGCACCCAUUGAAUAUAUGACACUGGAACCGUUGCAGUUAUACAAAUUGGAGUAAUGUUCUUUUAAAGCAGGGUUUGCAUGAUUCAGCUUAGAGCAGUUGGCAAACAACAGCUGCAGAGCGCACCAAAGUGGGUUAGGGUCUCAUGGACCCAGUCAACAAGCUGGAUCUAUUCCGUUUGAGACUCGGGGGACUCGGACUCAGGGGGCUUCAUGCGGGCCGAGCUCUUCCCGAGUGCGGCAUAAUCAUAUUACUCUGGGCUGAGGCUAAUGGUACUCGGGCGAGUCCACUUCAGUUCAUCCGGCCCGAUUAACUUUUUCAGGAGUAGGGCCAUUUUAAGUUUUUAUCCGGCAGGUGAUGAAAUACCAAUUAAAUUGUUUUUUAUAUUUCACCUCCAAGGCAUCGAAUUUGCUAGGUCAUUAGCAAGCUAAAAUGUGUGACAGUCUCUGCGGCCCUAUAGCCAUCAGAUAUGGUUCAUAAUUUAGAGGAUCUAUGCUUUAAAUGCUGUUGAUUUUAGUACAGGCUAUGGCUUUUCGUAGUUGCAGUCCACCGAAUUGAAAAGUGCACAUUCACUUCCAUAAUAUUUGUUCUAGGCUACCAGCAUGUAAGAUAAACAUGCACAAUAAUACAGUAUACCCUUACAAAAAUUAACUGUGUGUGGCUUCUAAUGGUAACUGUUAAUUUAUUAUGCUGUGCAUUUUCUUCUGUUCCACUGAAUGCAAUUUAGAUUUUUAUAGACUAACUGAAUUCGUUUUCAGAACUUAACAAAAGACACAUAGGCCUGUGUAUUUUAUUGCAAUAUCCUACUACAAUCCACAUGUAUUUACAAACCCCUAUUUUUAUCCCAUUAAUUUAAAUAAUUAGUGAAAUUAUUGCACCUGAAUUUGACACUGAAAAUAUGACAAUUAUAUUUUCUCUUAAAGUAUUUGAGCAAUUCAAAUUACUGCACGCAUUGUUAUUUUAAUUUCAGUAGCUAAAUGAGGAGGUAGGCAUAUCUGUUCCAAUUAAAACUUGGAUUGGAAUCUGUGCGCAGUGCAGGCAGCUUGAGCAUUCAAGCGCAUUGCUCAAGUGUCAUUGGGACAGAGUGCCCGGUAGGCUACACAACAACGCAGCUGGAAAACAAUGACAGCUUCUCGAAAAUGUGCACAAAAAACUUCGAUAACAUUCUCCUGAGUUCUUGUUUUACUUUUGUAAGUAAAGCGGCGGUUUGUUGGGGAGAAGAACAUCAAGGAAAGUUUUGCUAACCGGCUAAUUUUAGCUAGCUAACAUUAGCUCUCUAGCUGAUCUUCCAUGGACAUGGUAAGUUUACAUUUUUACCUGCUGCAGCUAGCUAACAUUUUGAUAUUUUGAUAUCUGUUUAGCUAAUGACAGUGUGUCUCUCUCUCGCUCUAUCUGUCUCUCUGCCUCUCUGUCUGUGUAUGUGUGUGGGACAGACGGACAGAGAGCGAUGAUGAUCACAAUAACUUUAGAAAAAGUGUGCACAUUUUUUACAGUAAGUGUCAUGAAAAGCCUGAAAACUCAGGAGGUUGAUGUGUUGCGGGCCCUCGGGAAAGUCCUAAAAUAUGUCCCUGACCGCCGUGGUGGAGGAGGACGCAAAAUCAGACCCAUCACACCACUAUUCAAGAGGGUCACUAUACUCCAGAUCGCCUUCUCUGCUCUGCUCUGAGGUCCUUGAUGAGGAUCUACUCGAUCACACCACUCUCUUAUUAAGCAUUCAUUUAAAAAACCAAUGUAUGGUGCAGAAACUGGACCAGAAGCUCCCUGUGGCCAACGAGUACCUGCUGCUGUCAGGUGGUGUGCGGGAGGGCGUGGUCGACAUGGACCUAAACGAGCUGAGUGUCUACGCCCGCGGCACCGACUACGACAUGGACUUUACCCUCCUCGUGCCCGCGCUCAAGCUGCACGACCGCAACCAGCCGGUCACUCUGGACAUGCGCCACUCAGCCCUGUGCCACUCGUGGCUGAGCCUGCGCCUCUUCGACGAGGACACCAUCAACAAGUGGAAGGACUGCUGCACAGUGGUAGACCACAUCAACGGCGCCACCAACUACUUCUUCUCACCCACGCUGGUGGCUGACUGGUUCUAUGAGUCCAUCAGCGUGGUCCUGGUGGAGAUCCAGAAGAAGCCCCAGCGCGGCAUGCCCCGCGUGGAGAAGGUGGAGCGGAAUGGCACCAUCAUCUCCGUCAUCCUGGGCGUGGGCAGCAGCCGCAUGCUCUAUGACAUCGUGCCUGUGGUCUCCUUCAAGGGAUGGCCGGCGGUGGCCCAGAGCUGGCUGAUGGAGAACCACUUCUGGGACGGCAAGAUCACAGAGGAGGAGGUGAUCAGCGGCUUCUACCUGGUGCCUGCCUGCUCCCACAAGGGCCGUAAGGAGAAUGAGUGGCGCCUGUCGUUCGCCCGCAGCGAAGUGCAGCUCAAGAAGUGCAUCUCGGCCAGUCUGAUGCAGGCCUACCAGGCGUGCAAGGCCAUCAUUAUCAAGCUGCUGUCAAGGCCCAAGGCCAUCAGCCCCUACCACCUGCGCAGCCUGAUGCUGUGGGCCUGCGAUCGGCUCCCUGCCACCUACCUGUCCCAGGAAGACUUCUCAGCCCACUUCCUGCUAGGCCUCAUCGACGACCUGCAGAACUGCCUGGUCAACAAGAUGUGCCCCAACUACUUCAUCCCACAGUGCAACAUGCUGGAGCACCUGUCUGACGAGACAGCCAUGCUCCACGCCCGCAAGCUCAGCUCGGUGCGCUCCGACCCGGCCGAGCACCUGCGCACCACCAUUGAGCACGCCAAGGCGGCCAACCGGCUGACCCUGGACCUGCAUUGGCGCAGUAGCGCCUCAAACCUGCCAUCACCACAGUCAGACGCGGGCGGCGAGCACCAGCCGGAUGACCGCUUGGCUAAGAAGCUGCAGCAGCUGGUGACGGAGAACCCUGGCAAGUCCAUCUCGGUGUUCAUCAACCCAGAUGACGUGACGCGGCCACACUUCCGCAUCGACGACAAGUUCUUCUGAGAAAAAUGCUCUUCUCCUCCUCCCCCCACAGCACCCAUUCUCCCUUUGACUAGAUCUAUCGGUCAAGUCGUCAAAUUAGUCGUUUUCCCAAGUAACGGUCGCCACAGAGCAUUGUGAGGUGCUUUUUUCCAAUGGUGUCUUCCCAUUUUGUUUACCUGUCCCCACACCCCAUCAACCCUACAAUGCCCAUGUCACCUUGACAAGGCCUUUACAGGACUACAUAAAACAGGUGGAAGAAGGUUAAGGAAUGUCUUAGUCCCUGUAGGGGAACUGAUGGUACUAACGCCAUAACUGUACAUAGAGAGAGUUGAGUGGAUAUGUGUGUGUGUGUGGACAUUGGUAUUAUUUUGCACAGAAUGUAGAGGCACACAGUUAUGGUGGAAGUUGUGCUAUGAAGUGAAGUCUGAAAUGUUGCAUAUCUUUUAGGAAGCCAAUUUCAAUGGUCUUUUCUUUUCUCCGCUGGGCAAAAUGCUCUGAAUGAAUACCUACUAGUUUAGAGUAUGUUUUAGAGCUGUUAUUCCAAUAAGCUGUAUCGCAAUGACAAGUUGUUUCUAACUUUACAUUCUCUGUGCAGUCAUGUCCAUGUCCUAUGUGUAUAGUGAACAGUUCCAGAUGUAUCCAGAAUAUGCCAAAAACCUGCAGAUAUCUGACCGGCAAUGUGAUACACAUAUCUUCAUCCUCAAGUGCAAUUAGUAAACUAACAAACACACACACACCACACAUACAAGUGCUAACACUCAUUAUACACACUCCUGAUCAGUGAAAUGGUGUAUGUAAUACGUAUUUGUGAUAUUCCAGAACUCUGGGACCUUGUCCUUUUGUUUGUCUGUGUUAUAGGGAACUCUGAAACAUUUUACUGUGAUUCUUAUUUUCCAUAUUUGCUGCUGACCUUAUGAAUAUGUUUUAUGAUUGACUGGUUAUGCAAAUUAAGUGAACAAACACACAAUUAUUAAUUUUAAUUGGACAUGUGCGUAGCUACUGUGUACAUAGUACUGGAAAACAGCAGUGGGAUCCUGCCUGUAUCAUUUGUAUGGACCAAUCUGGCAGCGGCACUGUCAGCACUGACGAAUUGCAUGGCCUCUAUCAGACAAACCUGUCAUGGACCAAAUUAGCAACCUCACCAUCGGCAGGGAUCAAACACACUGCCUUACCAUCAAUUCGGACUAAUCAGUUGUGUGGCCUGAAGAAUGUGUUCUAUGCCUCUGCUGUUCCAAAGGCAUACCGGCCACGUUCCAGACUGACUACAUUGCAGACGCCUGCCAAAUCUCACAACGCCUGGAUAGCUGUCAUAUCACAUUUUAUGAGAUGUCAUAUCACAUCAAAUAAUAUAGCAAUCUGAUGCCUGACUGUGCAAAUCGAUUGACCGUGGGUUGAUGCAAUGCAACGUCUGCAAUGUAGUUGGCCUGAAACGUGACCAUACUGUAUGAGAGGGAGAGCAAGUUCCUCGUUCGGCCUACAAUGACCACAUCAAAUCAAAUUGUGUGAUUAAUCUGAGAUCUGUGUAGAUGGUAACACUAUAAACAUGCUAAAAUGUAAUGAAACAUAUUUAACAACAACCCUAAAGAGAAACUGCUUGAAAAUAAUUGACAAACGACGUUGUAUAACAUUAAACAGUUGCUUGUCUGAUGCACAUUGAUACAGUAUGUUGCAAACAAUAUCAAUUUGUGUGAUGAAUAAAGAUGUACAGGAUCCUA